CCUUGUCCUCACGAGCUCUCAUCGGAGCGCUCGUUGUGCUCUUUCUCGCCCUCGUCCUCGUUCCAUCCGGCACCAUACAGUCCCUCCGCGCCGCCGCGCCGCGCCUCGUCUCCCGCAGUAGCAUCCGCCUCGCGCCACUCCAGGCCCUCCUCUCGCCACUUGUCUGCCCGCCUCAACCCGCCCCCGCGACCACCCGCACAAUGUCCUCGUCCUCCUUUGGCUUCGAGCGCUGGGACCCCAACGGCGCCGAACUCAUCCUCAAGCCUUCGCGCAGCCACGCCGACCCGCGCAGCCUCAAGGGCAAGCGCGUGCUCGUCAUCGGCGGGUCGGGCUCCGUCGGCAGCCACCAGGUCGACGGCUUCGCCAAGGCCGGCGCGGAGGUGCUGCUGGCGAGCAGGAAACUGCCCAACGCCGAGGCGGCAGCCAAGGACGCUGCGAAGCGUGUCCCCGGGGCGAAAAUCAUCCCGGUCGCCGGCGACCUCGGCACGUUUGACGGUGCGGCCAAGUUCGCCGACAAGGUGACGAAAGACCACGGGCAGGUGGACCACGUCGUCGUCGCCAUUGGCUCCUGGUGGUCAGGCCGCGGGCUGUGGGAUGUCCCGCCCGACGUGUGGCAGCGCUUCUUUGUCGACGUGACCACCGGGUACAUUGCGAGCCUGCACGCGUGGCUGCCGCGCCUGCCCGAGGCCGGCGCGAUGGUGUGGAUCCUCGGCGCGAGCGGCGUCGUGCCCGUCCCUGGGGCGGGGCCCUUGUCUAUGGCCCAAGCGAGCCUGGUCAUGGCGCAGCGCGUCGUCGAGGCCGAGACGGGCGACUCGCGCCGCCUGUUCUCCAUCGUCCUGGGUAACCUCGCCACCCGGGAGCGGCCGGGCGCGCCGUCCUCGUGGAUCUCGGCAGACGAGGCCGCCGAAGUGGCUGUCGCGCUCGCUGCGCGCCCGGACGCGCCGAGCCAGGGCGUCGUUAUUCGCCAUCGCACAGCGCUCGACUCGGUGCAGAAGCGCCUCGGGCUCAAGUAG